AUGCCGUCUUGUUGUGUUCCACAAUGCAAAAAUUAUUAUGAAAAAGGAUUUUUGCUUUAUUUGCUUUCCGCAGAUCCCACUAGAAAAGCAUAUAAUACAAGUUUUAAAUAUGCAAAAUUUGUGCACUUAAAAUGUUAUCAAAAUAAUACUUUAUUUUUUGUAACUACAGAUGUUUUUAAAUAUUUUAUUACCAUGGAAUUUAUUAUUCGUCAAUAUUUGCCUCAUUUAAAUAAUAUUAAAUUUAAUUUAAUUAGUGUUCUUAUGGAAAAAAUGAAAAAUGUUUCUUGUGCAAGUCUUAAAAAUUGUUAUCAAUUAAGUUUAAAAAUUAUAAAACGAUUUAUUGCAUAUAGAAUGAAAAUUUCAUGUACAAAAGGCUGA